AUGCCCGUGCACUGGGCCGGCGGGUUUAUGACAUUUUUCUCGGGGAUACUAUCCAAAGCAUGCGUUGAAUUUUGCAGCGAUAUUUUUAGUUCGACGUGGUUUUUGAAGAGAUUAGUGGAUGAAGACUGUCCUCCAGUUACGUCUUUGCAUUUACCUCCUCCCCUGUUGAAUGGGGUUGCAUCCGAGCUUGCGGAUUUGGAAAAUAGGGAUCCGGAACUUUAUGGUAAUGUGUUGAGGGGCAUUAGACAGUUGAAAGUCCUGGCUUCGGGGGGCUCGACUGUUGCGCCUAAGCAGAGGCUUGUGUGGCAGGCUUUGUUUGGAAAACCGCUGUUUGUUGGGUAUGGGAUGAGUGAGAGCUUUGGGGUUGUGGCGUAUACGGAUUAUGGGAAGAGGGGGGCGUAUCCGAUGGAUUCCGUUGGACUGCGCAUGCCGAAUGUUAAUAUGAAAAUUGACAACCAUGGCGAGAUUUGUAUCAAGUCGCCUGUUCUGUUUAAAAGAUACAUAUCCCCUAAUCCAGAUGCUACGAAAAACGCCUUUGAUGCGGAGGGUUUCUUUCGAACUGGUGAUCUUGGAAGAAUCGAAGAUGACAUCGUAUACCUCCUCGGACGAGCGUCUCAAGAUGUUAUCCGAUACUAUUUAUGGAGAAUAUAUGCGUCCGAGGUCGAAAACGCGCUGUCGCAGAUCGACGAUGUUGCCCAUGCAAUUGUGCUCGGCGUCAAAGACUCGGGUUGUGGAAAGCGUGUCGCUGCGGUAGUGGUAUAUCGGCAACCAUAUCAAGAACGAAGGCUAGGCCUUGCAGAGCUACGACACAGACUUUCGACGGAGUGCAGUCUCCAGGCAUUCAAAUUCCCUACUCUAUUGAAGGUCGUUAGUAGUUUCGGUGAGAUUCCAGUUACUGAGGCUGGGAAACCGAUCAAAGAUAAGAUUCGAGAAGUUUAUUUUAGUGAGAUGGCGAUUGGGAGUGGUGAAGUGGAAGUCUGGACAUCGGAACCGAGAGAAAGUGUUGUUGGGGCUAGACCGUUUGACUGGGAUGGGCUGCAACGCUGA